AUGGUGCAGUAUAUCCUCACUCCAUGGCGGAACCGCGACGAGCUUUGCCUAGUCCGCGAGCAGUUUUACGGCGGCACUCCCACUACCGCCACUGCCGCCACUGACCCCGAGCUGAGGGGCGAUCAGCGCCAGCGCCAGCGCCAGCACCAGCAAAGGACGACGCCGAGCCCCCUCAGGGAUUUGGAUUCGCAUGCCCGUCCCGAUGGCCAUGGCUAUGGCUGCGUGGUGGGACAGCAAGAGCCCGCAGGUAUUUGCGCGGCGACGCCUGGUGCGGCCGCCCCCGUCGUCGAUGCCUUGCCAGGCAACCUGCAUCAACAAGAUUAUGCAGCAGACAGCGACGUGAAUCGGCGUCAUGGGGAUAAGCGGCCGCCAGGUCAAGUCACCCCUCUGACGACAGGGACCAUGACCAUGACCGUCGCCGCGGCGGCGGCGGCGGCGACGACGGUAGAGGAAGGUGCGCAGCAGAGGAAGCACCGCCAGCGAAGAGCUGUCGCUCGUGUUUCCAUGUGGAUGCAGCGCGGGAAUUGCCCACACAUGGUGGAGUCGACGGCUCUGCUUAUGGCUGCCGUCUUGAGCGACGAGGAUGCCCUUGGUGAGACGCAUCAUGCUGGCUCGACUACCUAUGCUGUCCGAGCCGCAUAUUCGGCGGCAUUCAGUCGUUUCGUCACUGGGCUUUUGGACGGCCAUCAGGACAAACAACGCAAACAGAGCAUGUAUUCCGUUGCCAAGAACAUUGGUCUCCCUGCCACGUUUGUAGAGCUCCGUCACCAGGCCACGCAUGAGCAACUCCCGUCAUUAGCCAAGUUACGAUCUGCCGCCCGGAACGCCUUGGCCUGGAUCUGGGACUACUACUGGAAAGACUUGGAUGACCAAAGCCCAAGCCCUUCCAAGACGCUUGAUCCAUGCAGAGCAGCAGUACUGGACUAUCUUCACGGGGUGGACGAUGAACCUCGGAGAGCAAAGACGAUGAAGGACCUGCACCUGUACGACACGCGGCGGAUACUGGCUGUGAUUGGGGAGCUGCAGCACAGCUUACCUGGGAAUCAGGUGUAUCUGAGAUGCCUGAAGCUGUCCAAGGAGAUUAUGACGAGGCAGGAGGAGCAAGUCGACAAGCCGAGUCUUGUCCAACACGCUCUCGAAUCCGAUGGUGCGACGGCCAUGUCUGGCGAUGAAGACGCUGAAUCCAGCUCUGGAUGGUCGCUGUACCCGGGAGUAUGGAAGCCUAAGCCGAUUGGUAUGGUGUGA